AGGCUUCUGAAAGUAUAUAAAUCACCACUUAAAUUGGUAUCUUAUUAAAAACAACUUGCAUACAUUUCUAACAAAACUGACUGAUAUCAUGUGACUCCUAAAUUUCUUAGUCACUCCCAAAACAAAUGUAUUUAAAAAUAAACUUUAGUCGCAUCGCAUGAAUCACGUUUUACUCCCUGAACCCAACUGAUAAGAACAGACUGAUAGUUCUGAUAAAUCACUUUCACUUUCAGUUCUGUCAGAAAACCAUCAGCAAUAUUUUUGUUCUUUUCCUCAAAUCAACGUGAAGCAGUUGCCACACCGUGUGCAUCAUGACUCACAAUAAGGUGCCAAAAUCACUUGAGGGGGAGGAAACCCCACACAAACACAGGAAGUGCUGCAUUUCACACACAGGGACAGAGAGUCUGAGGUCUGUGCUCUGCUCCACUGAUUCUGGGAUAAGAUUAACCUGGCCGAGAGUUACAUUAUUGUUGCUCGUGACAGCGCAGCCUCAAAAAAACACUGUGAAAAGUUGUGUUAUUUUGGUGCGUUAUGAGACUGAGGAAGUAAUAAAACAGCACAGAAUGUGCAACCAAUUGAGGAUCUGUCAAAUUAGGAGUGGAAAGUGAAAGUAGGUCUUGUUUUAUUGAUGUUUAAUGCUGAUAUUUGACUUUGUCCAUCCAAUUGUCUUUCCAACUUUUUUGCCCCUGAAAACCAUGGCUGAUAUGCAGAUUCUGGCUAUAAAGGGGGAAAAAAGGAAAAAUAUCACUAAACAGCUACUGCGGUGAAGGAGUUGCUUAAGUAUUUCUUCGCUUGAGUAUCUGUCAUUACCAUAACAUGGUUAACUCAGCAUGUUAGAAUAAUGUCAUUGACCUGAGUGCUUCUGACCGAGGAAGGUUAUCAGUGGGGAAGAAUUCUGACCAGAUGACAGAGCAAAGGGACCACCCACUGUUACUGGAGCAUGGAUGUUGUAGUCCACAUUUACAAGAAUCUGUUUCAAUUAGUUGGCCAAAUCAGUGGAAAAUUAUGAUUUUUUUUUUUUUUUUUUUUUUUUAAGAAGGCUACAAAUAUUCCAUGUAGUCGCCCAGUUUAUAUGAGCUCAUAAAACUGUUUGAGAUGGGAGUCCUCAUAUGUAACUAACUGUGUAAACCACAAAAUUCCCAAAUUGCACCACAGACUUUUAAUUUCCUUCACAAACGCCUCUUGUAACCCAGGGAACUGAUUGAGAAAGAAUUCCUGAGUAUCUGUUACAAACGGCAAAUGAACUUGAAUCUCAAAUAUUUCAUCACUGGUUUAUAUCACCUCCCUCAUUCAUUUCAUCACUGGAAUCUCUCACUCGCACCAUUAUCUGGGUACAAAAAAAUAUAUAAUUUGAACAUUUAGGCAACACUCUGGCGCCAUCUAGUGAACACCUUAAAGAAAUCAUUAUUUUAUCGCCACAUAACUUCUAGGCAUAUGCGUAUAACUUAAUUAGCCACUAGAUGGCGUAGUGAUGUUGAAAAUAACUGCUAUUAAACAGACUAAAAAACAACAACAACAACAAAAAAAAAAAACAGCCAGUCUUUUAGAGCAACUAAGGAAGUUACAGUGAUAAAUUGUGCCAUAAUGUAGAGUUUCGUCAUUUCAGCUUAGUUGGGUAGAAGAGGAAUCCAUAACACUCACACAUUGUUUUUAUAUUCAUGUGUGUGACGGUCAGUUACUAAAUUAUCAUAGGCUGCCUACCCAGCUGGACAAUCCAACUUAAAAUAUUAAAUAUGUUUUGGAACAUGGUUGUCAAACCAGGGUGGUCUGCAAGCUUCCCAUUUAAGCAUGCUAAAUUGUAUGCUUGUAUUGUACUUCAUUUCCUAACACACUUAAGUGCACUUUGUGAUCAUUUCAAAUUGAACGCUUUAAUUUAAAAUGUCCUUCAAGUGCUUAUUUUGAUGUCUACCUACGAAAGCACAUCUAAAGUAGCCUGAUUAUCAUGAUUUGACUGUAGUAUUACUAAACUGCAGCUUCAUCAUUACAAAUUUGUAAUUACACAUAUACAUGACAAUGACAUACACAUUUCAAUAGAAAUGGCAGAAAAGUGCCUAUAUUUUCGUAUUUCCAUGACUGCUUGUCAGUAGGCUACAUUCAAGCUACACUUACGCAGCUAUGUAAAAUGACCCAAGUCAAUUUCAAUACAUAUUAAAUGUUUAUAAGUCUUAAAAAGGGAGCAAGUCUAUUUCCAGUUGUUUGAGGUGAACUGAAAUGUUAUUUGAACGCACAAUAACGAUAUCUUAAAGGGCAUCAAGAUCUCGUGCUACCUCGGACUGUUCGUACCUAAAAUGUUUACUUUUAUGUAAUUUUUAAUGUCCUGUCCAAGUAGCCCAGAAGGGCGGAACAAAAAUGAAGGCAAGGGGAAAAACACGCAGGCUGUGUUUCAAAACGUACCGAGCCGCCUUAGUAGACAGCAUUUUCAGCAGCGAGGGCGUGCUCAGAAUCCGUUCAGCUAAAUGAACUAACCCGCUCUCGAACGUGCUUGUCUAGAAUUUUGAACUCAAUUCCAAAAGCGCUACCGAAUGCUGUCUAGUUAGGCGACUCACUAUGUUUUGGUCCACCGCCUUGUUCUCAUGAAUCCCCAUUGGUCAGACUAAAGCUCUUGCUGCCACAAUACUGCACACACGUGACCCAUCUUUUCUGUACACACACACACACACACACACACACAUUCACAGUAAAACACAGCAGGCACUUAAAAGCCAACGCCAUGGCGCUUUGACCACCAAUUUCACCCCAUAUCCAAACAAUCACUAUGAACCCUCUCCGUUGACAAACACGCACUAUCCCACGGCUAAUGGCGAGCGCGCUGCAGAUGAAGCACUCCAGUCUGGAGCACACACGGAAGCGCGCAAUAGAUCCACGGCGGAGGCAAGCUGCACUCUCAUUCCUCAGCAACAUCUCUCUGGACGGACGACCCGUGCAGGAUGACGGGGAGGAUCAGACCGAGGACGAGGACAGCUCCAGGACUACACAGAGCCUGGUUUCUGCAGUGGGCCAGCAGGCAUUGGCCGCAGCAGCGAACCAGGCUCUCAGCAGUGCCCGAGCUGCUGGUUUCAUGGCUGGGAUCACGGGUCCCAGCGCGGCCGCCGCUGCUGCUGCUCCUCCUCCUCCUCCAGCGUGCGGAGCGGAUGCGGAGGGGGAUGUGUGCGGCUCUCAGGUGCUCCAGUCCGUGUUCAGCUCCCCCUUUUCAGCAGUUCCGCCGGCUACGAGAGGGAGACUUCAGACGUACACUCAGGGAAUCCUGCCUGUGUCCUACCCCAGACAGUCCAGCCAGAACUACUGCUGUCUGGAGGGAGGGCAGAUAGCCAACUCAGCCCUGGAACUGCAGAGAUCCAGGCGGAGACUAAUAUCCCAGCGUUCCUCACUGGAGACUCUGGAGGAUAUUGAGGAGAAUGCCCCUCUACGCAGAUGCCGAACUUUAUCUGGUUCACCCCGACCAAAGAGUUUCAAGAAGGUCCAUUUCAUCAAAAACAUAAGACAGCAUGAUAUGCGCAAUGGAAGGAUAGUCCUUAUCAGUGGCAGAAGAUCCUUCUAUAGUGUUUUUUCUGUCCUGCCCUAUCGAGAUUGUAGCCAAACAGGGGAUGUGAAGGCAGAAAGUGGACGCCAGCGACACCCCUCGGGUGGCAUGAGUGCCAAGGAGAUGGUGAUCGGCCUGGAGGGUGUUGAAUUGGGUGCAGAUGGCAAGACAGUGUCAUACACACAGUUCCUGUAUCCAACCAAUGUCCUGGGUCGUCGAAACACCAUCGACUCCACGUCGUCUUUCUCUCAGUCUCGCAACGCCAGCCACCGCAGCCUCAGCCUGGCACGUGCCAACAGUAACCAGAGUAGCCUUGAUACCGGGAAUGAACUGGGAGAUUUCAGGGAGUACGACCCCAAUCUUCUGGAUGACCCGCAAUGGCCAUGUGGAAAGCACAAAAGAGUGCUUAUUUUUCCUUCAUACAUGACCACAGUCAUCGAGUACGUCAAACCUUCUGAUCUCAAGAAGGACAUGAAUGAGACUUUUAAGGAGAAGUUUCCUCACAUUCGUCUAACACUGAGCAAGAUCAGAAGCCUGAAGAGAGAGAUACGUAAACUGGCUCAGGAGGAGUGCGGCUAUGAGGAGUCCACGGUGGCCAUGGCUUUCGUUUACUUUGAGAAGCUGGUGCUCCAGGGUAAACUCAACAAACAGAACCGCAAACUCUGCGCGGGGGCCUGCGUCCUCCUCGCAGCCAAGAUCGGAGGAGACUUAAAGAAACACGAAGUCAAGCUUCUGAUUGAUAAACUGGAGGAGAGGUUUAGGGUGAACCGUCGAGAGCUGAUAGCCUUUGAGUUCCCCGCUCUCGUGGCUCUAGAGUUCAACCUGCAUCUUCCAGAGCAUGAAGUCAUGCCCCAUUAUAGACGCCUUCUGCAAAACUCCUAGCGACAGCCCCAUCAGGAGAGAGUCCUCCUUCUCUCCUGAUCUUCUCAUCCCAGAAAAAACGCCUAUGCACAUCGCCAAUGUCCGCUAUCAUCUCCAGAUGUUGGAAUAAAGGCACUAUUCCACUGUUCUCUUUUCAGCCAAAGUGACAACGCUAUAUUGAACGUUUGUUUCUGCUCCAAGAAGCUACUUUCUAAAGGGAGUACCUUUUCCUGGACUGUUGAUUUCUCAGUUUACUGAGGACAUUUUAAAGUGUUCAUUUGUUUUCCUACUUAUAGGGUUGUAAGUGUUAAAGCUCAAGUGUUAAAAGGAGUAGCAAAAAUUCUGUCAUCAUUUGCUCCGCAUUAUUCUCAGUUUGUAUGAUGUUAUUUUUUCCCGUGAAACACAGGAAAACUUUUGAAGAAUCUCCAUGUUGUUCUUUUCCAUACAUUGACAGUUUUUAGUGACAAUGGCAGUCAAGCUCCAAAAACACACCAUACAAUUCUUCUGAAGCCAUACAAUAACUUUUUGAGGGAUGGUUCGCUUUUUGUCUAUACAAUGAAAGUCCAUUGGGUCCAAGAAAUAUGGAUUUAAAAAAAAAAACGCUAAGACAUUUUUCAAAAAUAUCAACUUGUGUUCUAAAGAGGAAAGACAGUCAUCCAGGUUUGGAACGAGUAGAUAAUGACAGAAUUUUAAUUUGUGUAAAACUCCCCCUUCACCAAAACACUGACAUUUUCAUUGUGUUCCAUGAAAAAAGAACAGCAUACCGGUUGGAACAUCGAGUAAAACGAGUCGAGGGUGAGCAAAUCAUGACAGAACUUUUAUUGUUUGACUUUUCACAAAAACUGGCCAUUUCUAUCAAGUUUGGACUGUUUGAUUUCACAUUCUUUCUAGUGGUUACAGUAUUCCUGUAUUUUUCCAUUCUUCUGCAUAUUUCCUUAAUCCCAAAGUUUGACACUCUGCCAAAUCUGACUAAUUUCGCUGCACUCGAUCACUCUCGGUUGAAAGCCUUAAAAAAUAGUCGAAUGAUCCUGAACUCUGGCAAGUAUGUGACUGUUCCUUAUGUACGACAAGUGCACUUUUCAGGUCUCGUGAAUGGCAGACCUUUAUGGCAUCUGCAGAAGUUGUAGGUGGAGGGGUUUUCAUCUCGUUUCUCAUUUAAAUUCAUUUCAGCCAGCAGUCCCUCUGUUAGUGUAACCACCAAGCAAAAAUAUGUUGCGGACAGUAAGAGCGGCAUCUGUGGUGGGACUUUUAUACAGUUCUUAAGGGGUACAUUUACGUACCUUUGUCGUGUUUUUUUUUUUUUUACCCUUGUGUGUUGACUUUGACAGUUUAGUGGUGUGGCUUGCUGCACUCAUGGUUACUGUGGUCGUGCUCUAUGUUAGAGUGGAUUCUGAGCACAUUUGUAGUGCUACACUGUAUGAAGCAACAUCAGGUCAUACCGCUGAUAAUCAACGCUAUUUUGCCUAACUAGGCUCAACAGUGGUGGGAAUAAAAUCUGUAUGACUAAUAUGCUACGGUGUUGACUAAUGCAUGUACACCAAAGCAGUGUUAAACCUGCGUUUGACUUGUAAACGCUUCUUUUUGAUUUGAUGAAUGUUUUAAAUCCCUUUCCUCUGAACCAGAUAUGUUCUAUCACCAUUGGUGGUACAGAAUUGUAUGUAAGCUGAAUUUUAUCUCACAGCGCACAGACUGUGUUACUACAUUCAUAAUCCCGUUUUUAAACGUGUAAAGUGUAUAAUGUUCACUAUGCACUACUCAGUUCCAUAAAUCAGUUAUAAACAACAGUUAGAGAUUGAUACAAAAUAAAAUCAGUUGAAAAGUAUCUAAUAGCAGAAGGAGUUAAACACUUUUAGAAGAGUAAUGGCAAACUUGCAUUUAACCAUUUAACUCUAAAAUGAAUAAUGCCUGGAAUGAGAAGAGUUAUAAAAGAACAAGAUUUGGCCUUGUGAAAUGCACUUUAGGAUUUGUUAGCAAGUGACUGGGAUGCCCAAAACAGAUGAAACAUUUGUACAAUGCAGAUACAUUUGUGUAAAUAUGCUGCUUUGCUUGUUCAAUAAAAAGCUAAAUUUUAAA